AUGGAUGACCAAAAUCAUCAAAAUUAUUUUGACAAUAUUGAUACUGAUUUCAAUAAUAACGAUAACUGGGUUAAUGUUUUUAAUAACCACAAUCCUGUUAAUCAAAAUCUUGUUUCUACGAAUCAUCAAAACCUUGGAGACAAUAAUUGCGUUCAUCAAAACUCUGGAGGCGAUAAUUUCGAUCACCAAAACAGCCAAAAUACAGGAAAUAAUUACACUAAUCAAAACUUUGGCGAAAUUCUUCAAAUCAAUGAUGAUUUCAAUCAAAAUUCUAGUCAUAAUGAUAUCAUUUACCAGAAUCCAAUUACUGCUACGAACAUUAAUCAACCAAAUAAUCCUUUCGGGAUCGGGGAAGGUUCCUAUCAAAAUGAUUACUUUCAAAAUUCUAUUAAUUCUAUUAUCACCAUUGACCAAAACAAUAACGAACAACUACUUGUUCACGUAGAAUUGCAACUUCAAAAUAUCCAAAAUGCCAUAAACCAAAUAAGUCAACUUUUAAAUAAUAGUCGCAACAAUAAUAGAUAA